AUGUGGUGUUCCAAGAUAAGGCAAGCACUUACUAAUUCGAGUCCACAAGCAGGAAAUGUGAUACAUCCAUUUCCUUUCAGGCAAACAACACUGUUCCGUGGCAGCACAAAAGCUUUACUUCUAGUGCAAAAUCUCAAACCUUCAGAAAACAGUUGCUCCUCUGUGGACAUUCCAUUCUAUAUUUGCUAUUUGGAUGUUAUGGAUAGAAACAGCACAAACCCUCCAAAUGAUAGCACAUUGCCAUCAAAAUUUUGGGAUGAGAUAGUAAUAGCCUUCACAGUGUCCAUGGUGAUUGGACUGGUGAUUGGAGGGAUCAUCUGGGCAUUGUUCACUUGCUUGUCCCGUCGCAGAGCUAGUGCCCACAUUUCCCAGGGGAGCCCCUCAGCUUUCAGCCGUCGGUCCAGACCCUCCUCCCAUGGCCACACUACUGGCAGGACUGGAUUUUACCGCAACAGCAGCUGUGAACGUCGGAGCAACCUGAGCCUGGCCAGCCUCACCUUCCAGCGGCAAGCCUCCUUGGAGCAGGCCAACUCUUUCCCCAGGAAGUCGAGCUUUCGUGCGUCCACCUUCCACCCUUUUCUGCAGUGUCCUCCUCUCCCUGUGGAGACGAACAGUCAGCUGAUCACCCUCACUCCCACAAAUACCACCACAACGCUUGUGGGAAGCACCACAAACAGCUUAAGUCGACCUGAAUUCCACUGGUCUAACAACAGCCUCCGCAUCUGCCACUCCACACAAACCCCACCUCCUGCCUAUGAAACCAUCAUAAAAGCUUUCCCAGAAUCCUGAGCUAUGUCCUUGUUGCAAACACACCUGUGCAUUUUAGGAAGAACCUCAAUUAUCUCAAGAAUUUUUUGUGCAUGAUGAAGAUGUCUGAGAAGUCUCCAGCUGCAGUUGCAGACGGGACGGACCUGUCAAGAGGCGGGUAGCAGUGAUUUCUUGGAGCACAACAUCCCACUGUCUGAGAGACCACUUGUCUUUGCACUGCUGGCUUUAAUUUACUGCUCUGCUGUACGCUUGCAUAUUUAUAGUGUUGUACCUUUAAUUGCAGCCAUUGUCUCUUUAUUUUAGAGGGGAAAAUGCUGCUGCAUAAAAGCUAGAUCAUUUCUUGAAGAAACAGAUAAUGUUAGGGAUUACUGAUACACAGUAUAUCAAUGCAAAUUUCACUAGUUUUUUUUUUUUUUAAGAAGUUCUAGUUUUACGUUUUCCCAAGGAUGUUACAUUUUCAGAGAACACCGCCUGUUACCCACCUUCUUCCUAUAACCCCAGAAAAGCUUCUGUCUGAGGAACCUUAGAUCCUGGCUGUGAUUAUAGGCAUCGUGUUCUGCUGAUUCUAAGUGAGCUGAAAAGACUCCAUGUUAGAGCUACUUCUGUAAAAUUCCCCACAAUGUGGGAAAAAUUAGUGAAGUAUAUGAAGCUUCAUAUAGAAAGUUUUGAACAACAUAUUAAACGCAUGAUAACAAUUGCAAAGAAUUUUCUGCCUGCAGCCAGCAGAACAGGUAGUUCCAUUUUAAUACCCAAUGAGGCUGUAUGGGCAGAACUGCUCGUUUCAUUUUUCUAGUUCUGGUUAUCCAGAUAAGCGGCAUGAAUGACAACUAUUUUUUAAUUAAGUUUCCUGACUUGCUAUGGGAUUACUCAUUUCCUUCUUUCAAAUUGUUUUUCUCAAAUUGUACCAAUGUUUAAUUGUUUCUGGCAAAUUAUUCACUGAAAUCUUGUCUUUCAUUAAAGCAAGAUUUCAGACAUCUAUGGUUGAAUACUGGGAUUAUAUAAUGAAUUGGAAUAUGAAGAUAAAGAUGAAGUAUUUAGUUCAGGGUUGCAUAUAUUCUUGACUUUUAUAUGUGUAUCAUGUCAAGCUAACCCCUGGCUUAGUAGAGACUAAUUGCAUUGAUGUGACAGAACAUUCAGGAUUUGAAAAUAGCACAGAAACAUGGGACCUGAAGUAGGUCUUAUUGUAUCAGUUUCCUGUUAAAUAUUUCAUGUUCAAAUAAAGAGUAAAGAAUUUCCGCAAGUAGAGGAACAGUCCUACUUGUCACUUACAGAUAUGCCAGUUGAUUCUAAAAGGCCUGGGCAACUACCAUCCACAGGACUUCUGAUUCUGAGGGGGCUUUUGUAGAAAGAACAAGUUCUCAUCUGUCUUCUGAGAGGGGUAAAGAUUCAUCAGCUUUUAAGAAUGGGCAAAAUGCAUUAAAUCUUACUUUUCAGGCUUUUUGAGACUGGCAGUGUGUAUCCCUUUGCUGAGCUCAGCAUCCUUCAGGAAGCACUGGAAUCGAUUUCUGAAGCGCAGUAUUCCAGCCCAAUAUCUAACCAUUUGCAAAUAAUACUAGAAACAUUGAGCUUACAAGCAAUAUUUAUCAUAAAAAAUAUUCCUCAUUGUAAAGGCAAAUUAUUUUGCAUGUAUUUACUGACUAGCUUUCAUUGUUUUAUUUUUAGUGUGCAACAUUUUCCCUUCUGGAGAGAUAUAUGUCAUUGCUAGAGGAAGAAUCAUUUACAGAGUUUACAGAGCAUUUCACUGCAGACACUGUGGGUUCUAGCACAUCAAGGACUUACUGAUCAGACUGUAAAACUGCAUUUGGCUGAUGAGAGGCUACAGACUUAAAAUAAUAGUCCUCUAGAGAAAAAAGAUUGUGUUAUUUCAUUCUUUUUUUUUUUUUUCAUUUAGAGUUUUUCUGAGUCUGGUGAACUUCAUUGCAUGCACAAGUAUGUUCAUGGUGUCCUUGCUACAGAAUAGGUGAUGCCACCUAUUCUGAUCUGCCUAUGAAAAGUAGAAUUCCAGCCUGCUCCCUUUGUUUAUUGGGUUUGAUGGACUAUGGAAGAUACAACUUGGCCUACCAGGUGUGUACCCGGUGUGUACUCAGCUGGCCAAAACUGCUUGUUCCUUGAGAGUGAAAUAAUUUUAGAUGAGUAAAUUCUUACUUCUGAAUUGUAAGUGCACAUUUCAUUACAGUAGAACUUUCCACAGCAUAUUAUUACUCGUAUUACACUGUAUUUAGUAAACAAUGUAGAAAGGGAAGCUUAAAUGUACUGUAUUUCUUUUCCUCCUGAAAUCUGUACCCAAUAUCAAAGCAUUUUUGUGUGCCCUGAAUUAGGGAGUUUAAAAACACAGAUUCUUUGGUGCAUAAUCAGUCUGAUUGUCAGAUGCCUAAAACUUGUUUUCACAACAUCUGAAAUGAAUGUUUUACAAGCAUUCUGGAAGCUCCAGAAUGUGAAAUAAAGUUAGAUGCUAUAACCUCAA